UCUCUCUCUCUCCCUCUGCCGACGGAUUCUCCUCUUUUCUCACCCUGAACAGAAACUUGCGGAACCUCUGAAACUCCCCGAACCAUGUUACCCUCGCCGCCCCCACUGGACCCGAACGAGACUAACUGGAUCGUUCAUGUCAACGAGAACCUCAACUGCAUGCCCAGAGACGAGCAACAGUGCUGGAAGUCUCCGUCCAUCUACAAGGUUCCCCCCUCCAUCACCCGCCUCAACUGGGAGGCCUACCAACCGCAGGUUGUCUCUUUCGGCCCCUAUCACUACGACGAGGUCCACCUCCGUCCAAUGGAGGAGCACAAGCACCGCGCACUCCUCCACUUCCUGAAUCGGUCCGGGAAGUCCCUCAAGCGCUUCUUUGAGUCCCUGAGGGAGGUGGUGCAUAAGCUCGAGGACAGCUACGACAAGCUGGACCAGAAGAAGUGGAAGGAGGGUACGGGGGCAAGUUCCUGGAGCUGAUGAUCACGGACGGCUGCUUCAUGCUCGAGAUCAUGAGGACUGUGACAAGUGGGGAGAAGAAUAAUGGCUAUGCGCCCGAUGACCCCAUCUUCAGCAUCCACAGGCUGGAAUACAUAGCCCCGUAUAUAAAACGGGACAUGCUGCUGCUGGAGAAUCAGCUGCCGCUGCUAGUGCUGUAUCAGCUGGUUGCCAUCGCGAACGAUGGCAAGGAGGAUAACGUCAACGAGCUCAUCGGAAAGUUCUGCUUCCCCCAUGAAAAAAAAGAGUUCAAGGGGUUAGACAGUUGCCUGCAUGUCAUGGACGUCUUCAGGCAAGGCCUGCUGAUGGGACCCAAGGAGGUAGAGGACGUACGGAAAGAGCAAGACCCACGGCCUCAAGGACACUCUGAGGAGGCCGAGCCGAUAAUCCGGUCAGCCAAUGAGUUCAGCGAGGCCGGGAUCAAGUUCGAGAAAAGCAAGACCAGAAGCCUCAAGGACAUCUCCUUUGGGGGGGUCCUGAAGCUCCCACUUUUCAUGGUGGACGACACCACCGAGUCCAUGUUCCUCAACGUUAUGACGUUCGAGCGCUUGCACAUCAACGCUGGGAACGAGGUCACAUCCUACGUCGCCUUCAUGGACAAAAUCAUCAACAAUGAGGAGGAUGUCGCCCUGCUCCACACCGAAGGCAUCAUCCAGAAUAAUUUCGGAAGCGACAAGGCAGUCGCCGAUUUAUUCAACUCUCUGUGCACGGACGUGACGCUCCCAUUUAACAAAAAUCUCGAUGACGUGCAACAGAAGAUCAGCAAGCACUGCAAGACGCGCUGGAACAUAUGGAGGGCUAAUCUCAAUCACAACUACUUCAAGAGUCCUUGGACCAUAUUGUCUCUCAUUGCUGCCUUCUUCCUCUUCGCACUCACCAUAAUUCAGACCGUAUACACCCUGCUCAGCUACUAUUGAACCCUCCCGUUGCCUCUGCAUAAUAAUUUCUUUUUGCCAUUUUUUGGGCGUUUCUCCUAUUGGCUGAUGCUUGAUAAUUAUCUGUUCAUUGGCUGUUGGUUGUUGUCAUAAAUGAUUUUCCUCCUGUUU